CUUGUCUCCAAUGUCCUACGAAGUCGCUCUCUUUGGUGAAUUUUUUGCGCGAGAUCUUACCGCCAUUCUCGCGCGUAUUACACUACAUUCCGAGUCUUCGGCCACGAUGCAUAUUCGCGAGGUCGUUUUUGAGCCCGUCAACCGUGACGCCGAGCCGGUUCUGCUACGUGCGCGUAAGGAUCUCACGGAUCCCGAUGGAGGCUGGGUUCUUUUCUCUUACCUGGCACCAGAGAGCGUUCGUGCGCAUCCAGAAGCGACGGUACGCCCGUGGGUGACUGUUCAUGUUCGUGGAGACGCGCUGUGUUUCGCAUGUGCACUGGGGUACGUGAGGCGGUCACAGAUAUACAAGCGAGGGUAUGUUUUCAGGAGGGGGAUGCUGGUCAUUCAGAUGUUCCAGCAGGAAAAAAUUGAUCCAAAAACACAAGAACCUAUUCCUGCAUCUGCUGAUACCCUCUGGGAGGUGGAGGUCAAGACCGCGUUUCCUGUACGGAAUACUCAGGAUACGCCUCUUAGCCGUGCUAUCGAUGCCGUGCUCGACGUUCAGCUCCUCAUGAAAGGCCUUCUUGACCUGCGUCGUCAAGAUGUUUGAUCAAUCCGGCAAGUCUCUCUUCAUGCGUGAGAACGACAAGACGCGAAACCCGCUGCGCAAAGGCAUGUUGGUCUCUACUUCACUCGCAGUGAACAUUUCAUCACUCUUUCUUGGGCCUGAAGGACCUACUAGAGGAAGAACUAUGGGAUAACCGGAUACUAUUCCACAAACGUUGGAAGGUACAGAGGUGCGAGGAGAAUGAGAUGCCGCACAAUGGGGUCUAGCUUGAGGCGUC